GAGAGUGGAGCAAGAGCAGAGAGGGGUGGUCUGUGAGAACAUUCAGGGACAUCCGCAGAAGGCUGAACAGUGAGUACUAGAGAGUAGUAGGCACAAUAAUACAACUUAACAACUGCACAUUUUUUGGUGCUUCACAGGAGGUUACUUUGUUAAAAUGUCAUGUUUGCACAUUUUAAUUGAUUCAUUUUGUUGUUAAAAUGGGAUUAUUAUAACCUGCUGGUAUCCUAACAAAGUUCUUUCUGUUAGCCAACGUCUGGAUUUAUGCUGAAGUCCAUCUUUUUUUGGAUGACAGCCUAAACUGAAGCAGCACAUUUUUCUGCCCUGAUGUUUAAGCUCAUGUCUUUUUGUGCAACUUUAACUUUACCUUAAAGUAUUUGUGGAUUUUGUGUCAUGCAGGUCCAGUUCUUGUGUAUGUGCAUGUGUAUGUAUCCAUGUAGGUGAUAAUAUAGUUUUUGGGAAUUGUCUGCCUUUGUGUGUGUGUGUGUGUGUGUGUGCGUGUAAGGGAUCAUGCCGGGUCUUGGGAAGAGCUUGAUGGUGCUACGCUGCCUCACCUUUGCUACGGGUUUGGUGGAGUGCCUGUGUUUUGCUGGAGCCGUGUUCGGGUGGGCUUCACUUGUUUUUGUCCUGAAGACGGACGGCUACUUCAGCUCUCUGUGCGUCAACACCACAACGGUCAAUGCAACGCUGGUCUUAGAUUGCAGCGGGCAGGAUGAACAGUUCUCACUUGUUUUCACAAUUGCCUCCUUUAUGAACAAUUUCCUGACGCUGCCUAACGGUUUCUUGUUUGACCGGUUUGGUACGACAGUGGCUCGGCUUUUUGGAACAUUUCUUUACACUUUGGGUACCUUGAUGGUGGCCUUCUCAACUGCAGCUUUGUCCAACCUGCUGUUCCCAGCUCUCUCCUUCCUGGCAGUGGGCGGUAUCCUGUUUCUAAUGACCAACAUGCAGGUAGGAAACCUUUUUGGCUCACAUCGCUCCACCAUCAUCACUCUCUAUAACGGGGCCUUCGAUUCGUCCUCAGCACUCUUCCUUGUCAUCAAGCUGUUACAUGAGGCUGGCAUCUCUCUCCGCUCCUCCUUCCUCUUCCUGUCUGCCUGCAGCGUCAUUCACCUGCUCAGGACUUUCUUCCUGCUACCCAGAGUCCGCAUCCCCUACACCCUGCCUGAUCACUACACAUAUGGGGUAACCUGUGGUAAAUCAAAUAGUCUGAGGUUAGAGCAGACAACAGCCAACGCUAACACACAGAUGACGCCAGAGGAAACGCUCCUCAACAAGGAACCUGUCAAACAAGAGAAGAGUUUCCGUGAGUGUGUGAUGUCCUGGUUCUUUAUGUGGCACCUGGUUUGGUUGUCGGUGAUGCAGCUCAGACAUUACCUCUUUAUCGGCACCCUCAACCCCAUGCUGCAGCGGCUGACAGCGGGAGAGCCUUCACUGGUGAGCCAGUACACCAAUGCCUUUGCUAUAACGCAGCUGUGUGGCGUGCUGUGUGCUCCCUGGAACGGUCUCAUCAUGGACAGACACAAGGGCAAACCUCGUGCUGCAGGAGAGAGUGAACAGGAAGCAGACCUGCGGGCCUCGGGGCUUUCUCUCUUCCUGACGGCGUUGCAGUGUCUACUGUUCUCAGUUUGUGCUUCCACCCCGUACCUGCCGCUUCAGUACCUCACCUUCAUCCUGCAGGUGCUCAACCGCUCCUUCCUCUACGGUGGCAACGCAGCCUUCAUCAGUGUGGCUUUUCCGUCGUGCCAUUUUGGGAAGCUGUAUGGUCUGGUCAUGGCUCUGUCUGCAGUGUUUUCUCUGCUGCAGUAUGCCUGCUUUGCUGUGGUGAAUGGCCCUCUGGAUGGAGACCCUUUAUAUGUAAACAUCGCUCUGACGCUGAUCAGCCUGCUCGCCUUCAUCCACCCCGUCUCUGUCUUCCUGCACUGUCGAAGUCUCGCCUCCCAGCGAGCCUCCUUAAGUCUGUCAAAUGAGAGCCACACUUAAAAUGUUCUUACCAUCACCAGUGGCACCGCUACCUCUUUAGUUUGAUUGAUUAAUAGCGCUUGUAUGACUGUGUUGUGUUGCCAUGUGUAUCAUCAAGUGCUAUUUGCAUUGAGUAUGAACUAUUUGUAUGAAGUGCGGUUUCGGGUACAGUCGGCACAUUCGCCACACUCUCGAAGCAAGUUUGAAUUGAAUGUAUCUAGAAUAGUUCGGAGGUUCUAGUUUGCGGCCUGCUGCAGUCGACAGGUUGCAUAACACUUUACUUCUUGAGAGAUUUCCAGAAUACAUCAUUUUAUUUUCACUUAGGCAUAGAUCUUUUUACACUCUUAUACAAUGUUAGAGUGUUAGCUGAUGGUGCUUUUUGAAAACACAGCUUUAGCAUAAAGCUAACUAGCUUAGUCUGUUUGACAGUUAAAAUUCCUUGUGCUAGCUGCUUUCCAUGUUUCUUGUUUUACGAAUAUUAUGAUUCACAUAUGUAAUCUUGCACUAUUUUAACCAUGGCUGGAUUCAAAGUGCCAAAAGAUAACAAACGUUAUUGUAAAAGCUGAAAAUGUUACAGACAAUGUUUAUAUUAGGGUUGACCUCUUCAGGUUAUCUCAUAUAUUUCUUUUCUAAACCAGUAUAGGACCAAAAAUGUGUGGUAGGAGAAGGAUGCAUGCAGUUACAGCGUAUGGGAAGUUUGGGAGUCAUCACAAGUGUCAUUAUCUGUGUUCCUUUAAUCAGAUCGGUCAGGGAUGUGCACAGAACAAAAAAAUAACUCAGGCAAACCCCCUGUUUGGACAAAUGUCCUGUUAACUGAUCUCUGCACUGAUCGCUUUACCAUGCCAGUUCAUUCAGAUACAUCAAAUAGAGCAGGGGACACAGCUCUGCCAUCUGCUGGCUAAUAGACAACUCUGCCAAACAUUAACAAACAGUAAAAUGAUCUUCUUUGAUGUUUUGGUUCUAUCCAACAUAUUAAGUCUCAGAUGUUUUGUGUGUGUAGUUCAGGAGAAUAAUUCAGUGUCAGGAAGGAUUAAAAAAAGGGAAAUGUGUCAUGUUUCUUUUACCAGCAAGUUUACGUUUUAGCUGGGUUUUGUGUAUUUUGCUGAAAUGCCAAGACUGAAGGGGUGGUACUGUUGAAAUGUAACUUUGAAUAUGCAAAUUCUUUAUCUUGCUACAACAAAUGCAAUGUGUCUUGUGAUAUGAACUUUGGAAGUGUAGUAAAGAGAAUUGUAACUUUUUAAUGAUUAAUUUUGCCCAAAUGUUUCAGUUUUCAGCUAUUGUGAGAAACAUGAUGCAACUGCAGGCAACUGCCUAUUUCAGAUGGUGUAGAAAAUGCCAUUUUAAUCCAGGAAUACGACAUUUAAAAAGA